AUGGACCUUGCUGACUUCAGUGAGAUUCUAGAUGAACAGUUAGCUAGAGAUUUCAUCAAGGCAUCAGAAGAUAUUCUAUCUAAAUUUCACAAGACGUGGACCAAUAAGCUCAUGGAAUUCAACCUUGGCAUUGAAUCAAGUAUUCUACUUAAAGAACCUCAAUUCGACGAAGCUCUAAGGUCUGUUAAAGAAGAACUUCAGAAGAAAAAUAAGGAUAAGAAGAAAACUGGUUCUUCAACAGACACAAAGAAGAAUAGUGAGAACCAAGAAUCAGCAAAUUUGGUAUAUAAUUCAGACGAGUUUGUGGGAUUGCUCAAUGAUACAAAGCCACCGGUCCUACAGAGUGUGGUUAGCACUGUAUUAUCUGCCUCAGGCAGGAACGCUGACCUAUGGGACAAGACCUUAUAUGACACUGGAGCGACAGCCCACAUCACUAAUAAUCAAGAGCGACUAAUAAAUAUACAAUUGAAUAUACGAAUAAUUCAGACAGGAAAGAUAGAGAUUAAAAUGAUUUCCCACGACAAUCCUCUCAGCGAGCAAGCUCCGGGAGCAUGGAAUCAGAAGUGCGAAGUCUGCGAGCUCACAAAGGCGCAAAAGAAGAUUAGUAGGGUAUCAAUGACACCACCAACAAGACCCUUCCAAGUCCUAUUUGUUAAUAUUAUUGUCAUGAAUAUGGCAAUCAACAAGGACUUGUACGCCCUACAUGCAGUCGAUCUGUACACUAAGUUCCAUGCCCUAGUGACAACUCGUAUGAAGUCAGUAAACUUCGAUCUUGAAACAUUGAUUGAACAGAUUGAGCAUACCUUCAAGACAAAAGUCGAUGAGAUUCAUAUGGAUGGAGAGUCCUCGCUUAAUGGGAUCAGCUUCAAAGAAUAUUGUCAUAAGCAAAAAAUCAAGCUGAUAGUGACUGUGCCAUAUACACUAGAACAGAAUGGCCCUAGCGAGCGAGCCGGUGGAAUCAUCACUAUGAAAUCUCAAAGCCUAUCUAAGGUAUACGUUAAAAUCAACACCAAGAAAAGCGACAAAAUGGCUCUGCGUGCCCAAAUUGGAUUCUUAAAAUAUAACCCUGAUCAUCCAUUUGCAAAAGAAAUUGUCAAAGAGGGUAUAACUAAAUAUGUUGGCAAUAUCGAUAUACCGAAUAUUAACAAAGCAGACCCCAAUAUUGUAUUCGACUCAGUUGACGACGAUAUGAGGCUACAGCAAUUCUCUGUUAGCCUAGGAAAAACGAUGACAGGAGGUAGCACGUCACCUCAUGAGCAUGCGAAUAUUGAGCAGCCAACUCAGCCCUUGGAUAUGCUGUAG